AUGCGCUUCUUCGCCAUCGCCGCUCUUUUGGCUUCCAGCCUUCUUCUUGUUGAGGUACGUCUUGUUCGAACUAUCUUUUGAAUUCUGAAAGGCCAAUGUAGCAAUGCCUGAAAAUCGGACACUAAAGUCUAGGGUAUGUUUUACUUACGCGGUUUUUGCAGGGCACGGCGAUCCGCGAGAAGCGCCAAUCAUCGUGUGGAUGUUCUCAGCAAGUGCAGCCGAGCUGUUCCUGCCAGCAGACGUCCUACACGCAGCAACCCCAGUUCAGCUGUUCCUGCCAGAACACCGCUCCAGUCCAACAGACCUCCUCCUCCUGCUCCUGUGCUCAGCCAGCUCAGCAACAGACUUACCAAGUCCAGACUUCCCAGUGUGCCCCGGCUUGUCAACAGUCGUGCCAGCAGCAAUGCCAGUCUGCUCCGUCCACCAACCAAUGUCAGUCGAACUGUCAACAGUCCUGCCAGACUUCCUCGUGCAACACUCCAACCGUGACUGUCGUCUACACCACGACUUCUGCUCCAGCUCAGUAUUGUCAACCUGCCUGCCAGCCAGCUUGUGAACAGUCCUGCGUCGCUCAAACUCAGGCUCCAGCUUCCCAAUGCAUGCCUCAAUGCCAGCAGUCGUGCCAGCAACAGUGCGUUCAGCAGCAGCCAAUCCAGCAGUGCCAGCCGCAAUGCCAACAGCAAUGCUCUCAACAGUGCGACGUGAUCACCACCACUACCACGGCCGCUCCACAGAUCGUCAAAAUCAACUUGGAGAUUACUGCUCAAUGCGUGCCACAAUGCCAGCAAUCGUGCCAACAACAGUGCGUCCAGCAGCAGCAACCAACCCAGCAGUGCACUCAGCAAUGCAGCCAGCAGUGCCAGUCGUCCUGCCAACAGACGGUCCAACAGACUCAGCAAUGCCAGCAACAGUGUGCUCCGCAAUGCCAGCAGCAGCAGUCGGCUCCUCAGUGCCAGCAGUGCCAGUCCACCUGCCAACAGACUGCUCCAGUUGUCCAGCAACAGUGCCAGCAACAGUGUGCUCCACAAUGCCAACAACAAUCCGCUCCCCAGUGCCAGCAGUGCCAGACUGCCUGCCAACAGCCGAUCACCACCACCGCUGCCCCACAAGUCGUCACCAUCGUGCUCCAGGCUUCCAUGGCCCAAUCCGCCCAAUGUGUUCCACAAUGCCAGCAGUCGUGCCAGCAACAAUGUGUUCAGCAGCAGCAGCCAGCUCAACAGUGCGUCCCCGCGUGCUCGCAGUCCUGCAGCCAGUCGUGCUCCGCUGCUCAGCCUGCUCAGAUGCCGUGCCAGAGCCAGUCGACCAACUCGUGCACUUGCCAGCAGAACUACUCGCCGUGCGGAAACGGACAAUGCUGCAAGAGAAAGUAAGCGACAGAGGGAAGUGUGAUUUAUUCAUUCUCUGUAUAUAUGAUGAUGAUAGCUGUUUUCUGUACAUCUGCUUAAUUUCUCAAUAAAUAUUUCAUUGAAAACGUUUUAUUUUUCGAUUAACUUUUGUUCAAAAAGUUGCUCUUACUAUUAGAGCAGGAGUCUCUUAAACAAGAACAUCACGCCAAAAUCUUCUCCUCCUCUCUGAUAACGUCUCCAACGGGUCACGCUCUGUCCGUCCUCAUUUCCUGUCAUUUCUGCGUUUCACUGCAAAUUGGUGGGUCCUUUUUUGGUUUCUCUCACCGCUUUCCUCUCAUUUUUCCAGGUUGAGAUUAUUUCAAGAGUGUAAAACAAUGUCGUGGUAUUCGAAAAUCUACAUAGCAGUCCGAGAGCACCGUGCAAAGCACCGGUUCACCGGUUGGAUCCUCACGAGGUGUCUCAAUGCGUUGAUCAUCAUGCAGAUGAUAUGUCUUUGGAUGACGUACGUUCUUUAUAUUUUCUAUUUUCGCGUUUCCCAACGUUCUUCUGAUUCAGGCUGUACGUGUACGUGAACGUCACAAUCGGCUACUACGUUCAGUCAUCGGUGCAGGCCACGAUCUACUUGAUCGUGUGCAGUUUCCUGUUCACAAUGUCGAUGUGGAGCCUCGGAAAGACACUGUUCACGAAGGUCGGCAGAGUUCCGGAGAAAUAUCGGCCCAGUAAAGAGCUGGAGGACCGUCUGAAAGCAGUCACUCCGAUGGAAAAGGAACGAUAUGUUGUGGAGAAGUCGACUCCGGAGCAGGCAACUUUCGUUCUCCCACUUACUUUUGUAAUACAACUUUCAGACAAAACAACAAAAUUUAAUACUCGAGGAGAUGUGCACCUUCUGCAAAGUGGCCGUCGCCGAAUGUGACCACGUCGGCCGGCUCAAGUACUGUUACGAGUGCGGUCACAUCAAACCGGACCGCACUCGGCACUGCGGUUCCUGCGGAAAAUGCUGCAUCAAGUACGAUCAUCACUGUCCAUGGAUCAACAUGUGUGUCACGCACGCCAAUUACAAGUACUUCCUGCUCUACAUCAUCUACACGAGCGUCCUUGUCUACUGGUACCUUCUCACCUCAUUCGAAGGCGUUGUUCGCUACUUUAUCGUCCAAAAGUGGAGCGAGGAUCUGGGGAAAUUCAUCUACUACAUUGUCAGUUUCAUUGCCGGCGCGAUCUUCGGCUAUUAUCCGCUCGGCGAGCUCGUCAUCUUCCACUAUCAACUGAUUUCACUGAACGAAACGACGGUGGAGCAGACGAAGCCGGCCGUGCUCCGAUUUGACAACACGGCGGAUUACAACAUGGGAAAAUGGAACAACUUCCGCGCGGUGUUCGGAUGGGGACUCUGGAUGUUGCCGAUCGAGACGAGCGAACAAGACGGACUGCACUUUGACAUUCGGUUGGUGAUCCCGAGACUGGGAACCAGACUGGUAGCCUUUUAAAUGAAAAUUCAGAUAUGCGAACACUCAACAACGGAAUCGGUUCGUUCGAGUAGAGGAAGACUGUUCUGGCUCGAUGAUAGAGUCUUCUCUUUGA